UAGUCGGUUUAUGGUUUAUAUACCGGCACGUUUUUUGUCACCACAACCUGUGACACAGAUCGUUGCCGAUUGCUUUUAAAUUGCUGUUUCUAUUCGUAAAAUUGAGUGAAUGUCGACAUCUGAGAGAACCUGAUCAUUCACACAAGUCCUCAGCAACAAAUGUCGGGUUCGAUUGAUCGUCAGCUUUUCGGAGGUGCGUUAACUGUGGUGCUACUUAACGGAGCUGUGGAUAUCAGUGAAUUACGGGAAAUUCCUGACAACCAAGAGGUGUUUGCUCAUCCAUCAACAGAUCAAAGUAUGAUUAUUGAAAUACUGGAAUAUCAACAAAUCGAAGACAAAAAUGCAGUGAGUUUCCAUUUUCAUGAUAUUGCCGAAAGUAAUGACUCCUCUUGUAGUGAAGUGCAAAUAACUGAAGAAAUUCCGUUACAACAAAUUUCUGUAAAAGAUUGUUGCAGUGCAUGGUUACUGAGUGGAAAACAAUGCAUUGCAAAGUUCAAUGAACAGGCAAAGAAUACAGUGAAUGUACACAUGGCAUUGUUUAGGCUACCACAGUUUAGUACAGAUAUACUGAUGAGUUUUAAUGAUCCAGAAUAUAUAAGCGCCAGUAGCAGUAGUCAUAUCCCAGCUGAAGAGUAUAAUAAGUCUCAACCAUGGACAUUACAACAAUUUAAACAAUCAAUAACAACAUUGAAAGUCCUGGACACAUCUAUAUUUGGGUGAGAAUUCAGAAGAUGACAGACGGACAAAUGACGCACAGACAGACAGAUAUCACAAUCAUUUGGUUUUGAACAUGGUCAAGUUAUUACAUAUUUCUAUACAUUGCUUCUAG